AUGGCCGGGUCGCAAUUGAAGAGGCUGAAAGCCUCUCUACGGGAACAAGGUAUUAUCGGCCCUCAGCAGUCAAAGAAACAGAAGAAGAAGAAUGCGCAAGAUGCCCAGGCGCGCAAUGACAAGCGAGUCCAGCGGACCGCCGCCCUCGAGGGCAUCCGCGAGCAGUUCAACCCUUUCCAGUUCAAGAUGAACGCCCGUGGUCCCAAGUUCGAAGUUACUCGGGAUAGACCACAGACAAAGGAGGCCGCUCGGGGCAUUAAAGGACGGCCCGGCGUGGCCAACUCUGUUGCAGAAGAACGGCGCCGUCAAACUCUACUGGUCGAUAUGCAGCGGCGGAACAAAGUCGGUGGUAUCAUCGAUCGCCGUUUCGGCGAGGACGACCCGACAAUGACACCCGAGGAGAGGGCGCUCGAACGAUUCGCCCGGGAGAAGCAGCGAAGCCACAAGAAGAGCUCCAUGUUUGACCUAGAAGAUGACGAGCCCAGCUUUGGUCUCACUCACAUGGGUAAAUCCCUGACCUUCGACGAGGACGACGCUAUGCGGGACGACUUUGACGAGAAAGACCUACCUUUCGACGAGGAAGACUUUGCGGGCAUGGAUCGCAAGCGCCUUAAGCGACUGAGAGGAGAAGACGACGCGGAUGAUGACGAAGCAGGAGAACAGGUGCCCGAGCGGAAGAAGAGCAAACAAGAGGUCAUGAAGGAGGUUAUCGCCAAGUCGAAGCUGCACAAGUACGAACGCCAGGCUGCAAAGGAGGAGGACGAGGACCUCCGAGCAGAGCUGGACAAGGAGCUUCCUGAUCUGCAAGCUCUUCUCUUUGCAAGGAGAAGCAAGCAGCAGGGCCUCGCGACAGCGAACGGGGAGGCCGGCAAGGCUACAGCGAUUGGCGGCGUUGACAAAGACGAGUUUGAGAAAGCAUAUGAUACCCGUGUCAGGCAGAUGAUACAAGACCGAAGGGCGGCACCGACGGAAAGAACAAAGACUGAAGAGGAGAAGGCUGAAGAAGAAUCGAAGCGCCUGAAAGAGCUGGAGGAGAAGCGGAUGAAGCGGAUGCGCGGAGAGGAGGUCAGCGAUGAAGAGGAGGAAGAAGAGGACGAAGAAGAGGAGCAGUCCGAGGAGGGUGGUGCCAGUGACGAGGAGGCUGAAGCCGAUGAGUUCGGCCUGGGCAAGGGUAUCAAGCUCCGCCCUACAGCAACCGAACUUGGCUUCGAGGACGAGGAUGAUUUUAUCAUCGAUGAUGAUCUCGUCGCGAGCGGCUCAGAGAUCGACGUGGAUGAAGAUGACCUUUCCAGCGACAACGACGAAUCCGAAUCUGAUGGGGUUGAAGAUGACGAGGAAGAUGAGUUUACGAAAGGUCUUCUCACCGAGCAAGAGAGCAAGGACCCUAUGUUCAGCGAGGUUGUCAAGACGAAUGGAGACGCCAAAGACGAUGAUGAUGGAGUCCCUUAUACCUUCCCCUGCCCUCAGUCUCAUGAUGAGCUGCUUGAUGUCCUCAAGCCGAUACCCAGCAGUAAGCUCAUUGUGGUAAUCCAGAGGAUACGCGCUCUCCAUCACCCCAAGCUGGACAGUGGAAACAAGGAGAAGUUGGGACGUUUUGCUCGAGUGCUUGUUGAGCACAUCGCCUACCUCGGCAACCACUACGGCCAAAGCACAUCUCCUGCCCUCGAAGGCCUCAUCCGCCACGUCCACUCUCUGACCAAGAUGUUCCCCGUCGAAGUCGCCAAGCAGUUCCGUGAGCACAUCAGCGAGAUGGAGUCCGAGCGGCCCCUGGCCCUCGAGGCUGGGGACCUCGUUCUGUUCACAGCGAUCAGCACGAUCUUCCCAACCUCUGAUCAUUUUCAUCAGGUUGUCACGCCUGCCAUGUUGGCGAUGGCGAGGUUUCUCGGACAAAAGAUACCCAAGACACUGUCCGAUUACGCCACAGGUGCAUAUAUCUCCCUCCUCUUCAUCCAGUAUCAGCAGUUGUCGAAGCGGUACGUGCCGGAGGUGAUGAACUUUAGCAUCAACACUCUUUGCGCUCUCGCCCCUGUUGAGGUGAAGGAUUCUCCCGGGUUCGUCCCCAUCCAUCGACCGAACUCGGAGACUCGAGCGAAGAGUGCGCAAAAAAUUCAGGUCCGCAAGUUGAAACUCAGUGACUGCACAGGCUCUGAGUCCGCGAGCCCAAAAGAGGAUGAAAGCCUCAAGAUUGCGAUCCUCUGCACGACCACCGCCCUGCUCGUCGCCGCUGCCGAGAUCUGGAGCGGCAAGCCGGCGUUUUUCGAGACCUUUGACCCCGCCCUCAAGGCGCUCAAGCACCUCGGCAGCAAGGCCUGCAAGGCGCAGCUGCCCGCCGCCCUGAGCCAGGAGCUCGAGCGCGCCGCCGCCACGCUCGAGCGCAUGCAGCAGGUGGCGCGCCUCUCGCGGCGCCCGCUGGAGCUGCACCACCACAAGCCGCUGGCCAUCAAGACGUACGUGCCCAAGUUCGAGGAGACCUUCGACCCCAACAAGCACUACGACCCGAACCGCGAGCGCGCCGAGGCGGCCAAGCUCAAGGCCGAGCACAAGAAGGAGCGCAAGGCGGCGAUGCGCGAGCUGCGCAAGGACGCGCACUUUAUGGCGCGCGAGACGCUGCGCGUCAAGAAGGCCAAGGACGAGGCGUACGAGAAGAAGUACAAGCGCCUCGUGGCCGAGAUCCAGGGCGAGGAGGGCCGCGAGGCCAACGCCUACGAGCGCGAGAGGCAGGCGAGGAAGAGGUCGAGGAACAAGUAG